UACCAAUUCAUUUGUUCCUUUUAUGUACAAUGAAUUAUGCGAAAAUAUACUGAUAUAAUUUGAUGUUUUCCAAACAUAAAAAAUGUCCAUUCCUGCAGUUGUAAGCAGUUUCAUCUUCACACAGAAGAAGAAGACAGUGGAAAUUUUCCCGGUAAGCGUGAGGGAAGCCUGGAAUGAGUGCGAGCUUCGGUUCAUGGUUCUAAUUAGCCUUGCCUUGCAAGCAAUCCUCAUCCUAAUCGGCAACUGGAGAAAGAAUUCAACCGGCAACGUACUUUGAAUUGUCCUCUGGCUUGCUUACUUGUCAGCUGACUCCGUUGCAACCGUCUCACUCGGCAUUCUCUUCAGCAACCAGGAAGACUCCGAAGGUGAUUCUGUAAACCCAAACUUUGUUAUGAUAGCAUUUUGGGCACCGUUUCUUUUCUUGCAUCUCGGCGGUCCAGAUAAGACCACUGCUUACUCGUUGGAAGACAAUGAGUUGUGGCUUAGGCACUUGCUUGGGGUAGCUGUCCAGGUGAUUGUAGCUUUGUAUGUCUUUAUAAGAGCAUAUCAAGCGGCUGUGUGCCAAUCUCAUCCUCACCUUCCACGUCAUAGAAAACAGCCAAUCGUUCUUCCAACACCGGACUCUGAGGAAGCUCUAGAGGUUAUUGAGUUUAAGCUAGGGUUCAUGUAUGAUGUGUUUUAUACUAAAUCACUUCUGGUUUAUUCUGGUGUCGGUGGGAUUCUCCGUUGCAUUACUCUUUCUUUCACAGUUUGUGUGUUCCUAGCCUUCAUGUUGAUCACGGAGAAGCAAGAAUACAUGAGAGUGGAUGUAAUUAUCAGAUAUAUAUUGUUGGUGGGAGCUAUUGUCUUAAAAUUUUAUGCAGUAGUCAUAAUACUUUCAUCGGACUGGACAAUGCUGUGGCUGAGCAAGUACCUGUUGGAUUUGAUUGCUGGGGAUAUGGUUCAAGUAGUUGAAAGAAAGAAUAAUGGUGAAGUCAAGACGUGUCGCUUGCCCUAUGCUUUACAAAGUAGACAAGAGCUGCAACAUACGAGCCCAAAGAGACUUACUGAUCAUUAUAGCAGAAGUGAUGAGGUGUUUGCUCGUAUUCAUGGUGACAGUUCAAACUUGCCAGAUCAUUAUAAAGAUCUCAUUUCCAUCCUCUCCUUUGAUACUCGAGAAGGAAAUAAACCUGGAGAAGAAAUAGGUAACUUCUUACGAAGAGGCAUUGCAGGUGGUUUCUUCCAUCAGCUACAGGUCCUUGAUCUCGAAAAUGUAUUCAGACCUGAAUUGCCCACCAACAUAGGAAAACUAAGCAGGUUGAGGUAUCUGGGUUUGAGGUGGACUUUCCUUGAUUCAGUCCCAACAUCCAUUGGCAAUUUGCUGAACCUCCAGACAUUAGAUGUGAAGCAUACAGAUGUCCAGACUCUCCCUAGUUCGAUAUGGAAACUGCCCAAACUCCGACACCUAUACUUAAACCAGAGUAAAAUUAUGCAUCAGAAAGGCGGCAGUUCCCUGAAGAAUCUCCACACAUUAUGUGGUGCAUUUGUGGAUAAGAAUAGUCCAUUGAAGGGUGGACUUGACAAGUUGAUCAACCUAAGAAAAUUGGGACUGGCAUUCCAGUUAGACAGAUCAGAGCAAAGGGCGUUAGGAGACAAGAUUGUAAAGCCGUGGGGCCUUCGGUCUUUAAAAUAGUAGUCUUGUGGCCAUUGUCAGGCCUUGAGGAUCUUUCAAGCCUAAAUUUGUUUGGAAAGUUAACUCAUUCCAUUGUAGCGGAGUUCCCAAAAAACCUUGCUGAUCUUACUUUGUCAGCCUCUUUUCUGUCAGAUGAUCCAAUGCCCAAGUUAGAGAAGCUUUUUCACCUUAAAGUACUCCAAUUCAUACACAGGUGAAAAAAUGUCUUGCUACACGUGGGGAUUUCCGAAGCUUGUAGUUUUGAAGUUGUGGAAGCUACAACUACUAGAAGAUUGGGACGUGCAGGAAAAGGCAAUGAGAAAUCUCAGGGAGUUGGAGAUCAGAUCCUGCAUCAAAUUGAGGGUCCCAAGUGGGUUGAAGCAAUUGAAGAAUCUCACUAAAUUGAAGUUGACUGAUAUGCCACAAGAAUUUUCUGCAACCAUUACGAGAACUAGGGCUCAAAUUUGGGAUGACAUUACCCACUCCCCAGCAAUCAUUACUGAAAGCUGGUAGUCCAUCACAGGCUCUCACUCAUGUAAUGGUAACAUCAACGGAUGCAGUUGACGCACAGAGAACCUGCAAAAGCCUCAUAUAUCAUAUAUGUGGAGCUGCAAAUGCAAUUCCUUAGGGUGAAGGCCACUAGGAAUAUUUUCAAAUUUCCUUCAAAAUAAAACUGGGUAUGUAAAGAUGUUAUAUCUCAACAGACGUCUUGAGAUUUGUAUGAGUUCUUGAUUGAUGAUUUUGCUAAGUUUUACUAUGUUUAUGUAUAUUAUGGAUUUCAAAAUGGUACUAUUAUUAUAUAUGAUGAGUUGCCACUAUU